GGGAGUCGACUCGUUACAAUGAGACCCUAUAUUUUACCGAGUUAGAAACAUUCCUGUGGGUCAUGAUGUAAGAUAUACCGUGCUAGGGGUUCGUGUAGUAUUACAUUAUAAUAUUACGUAACCAUUAUAAAUACUGCGUUAAAAUACCUGCUGUUGUAAUCACUUGUUUUCUUGCGCAUGUUUGAAUCAUGUAAUAGGAACUGCGGCGGCAGGAAACGAUUCAAUUUACAGUGAAUGUGGUGCGCUCUAGAGAGUAGUGGUGAAACUCUUCCGUGGCAUGGAGGAAGUUGAAAAGUUGAAAACAAAUUGAAGUGGUUGAGGUUAAGUGUAUAUUACUUGAAUUUGUUUGAAUUGUUAUUUCUAAAGGGUCAAGCGAGAGAAAGAGUGAAACGAAAACGUGACGAGUAUUUUUUGUCCUGUUAAAUGCGUUUCGCGUCCCGCUAAUGGCCCAUUUAACAUUAAAUCAAUAUUUGCAGCAGAUCGACAAUGCUUGGAGAAGCAGGGAUGGAAUUUCCUUGGCGGACUUUGUUUCCUUUCGACAUGCCCAUGUGGCGAGUAGCAAACUGCAAAUGGAAAAUCCAGAAAGCAGUGUAGAGAGAGUGCUGGAACCUCCAAUGGAUGAAAUUGUUGCUGCACAUCUGAAAUGUGUGUGGUAUGUGAACAACCAGGAUUUCGUUCAAGCAUACUAUUGUCAACAGUUAUUAGUGCAAGCCUUUGUCAAAAUAUUUCAAAUGCAGCGAGAUCAAAAUUGGGCUUUACCAGUGAUGUAUGCAAUAUGUAUUGAUUUGAGAUUGCUAGCACAACAAGCAGAUAAGUUACUUGCUCUAAGAGGAUCAGGGCGCCCAUUGGAAACUUUGGAAAAGGCUGCUGAUAUUCUCAUGAGUUGCUUUAGAGUGUGUGCGGCAGAUAAUCGUUCUGCUGAGGAAAGUACAAAGAGAUGGGGCAUGCUUGCUCUUGUAAAUCAAUUAUUUAAAGUUUAUUUUCGAAUCAACAAACUACAUUUAUGUAAACCACUUAUUCGUGCUAUUGAAUCUUCACCGUAUAAAGACCAGUUUUCUUUAAGUCAGCAAAUAACAUACAAAUAUUAUGUUGGCAGAAAACAUAUGUUUGCCAGUGAUUACAAAUCAGCUGAUAUGUACCUGACAUUUGCAUUUGAACGAUGUCACAAAAAAAGUGUGAGAAACAAACGCCUGAUUUUAAUCUACCUUAUACCAGUGAAGAUGCUUCUUGGUUACAUGCCUCAACGAGGUAUGCUUGAGAAGUAUGACCUACUCCAGUUCUGGGAAGUAGCAGAAGCUGUGAAGGUGGGCAACCUGGAAUUACUCAAUAAUGUAAUGCAGCAUCAUGAGGCGUUUUUCAUAAAAUUUGGAAUUUUUCUCAUUUUGGAAAAACUUAAAUAUGUAUGCAUUAGAAAUCUCUUCAAAAAAGUGUUUGACAUUCUCAAAAUGUCUAGGAUUCCUGUUGCUGCUUUGAUGACGGCUUUGAAAUUAAUGAAGAUAGAUGACAUUGACAUCAGUGAAACCAUGUGCAUUCUUGCUAAUUUAAUCAAUGAAGGCAAAAUCAAGGGAUAUAUUUCUUUUCACCACAAAAUAUUAGUCUUAAGUAAACAACAAGCGUUCCCACCUCUUAGUAUGGUUACUAGAUGAAUUGUUUCUGAAAUAAAAGUUUUAUGUUCAAGAAGCUCAGGUCAUCGCCAGAGGAUGUAAAGAGAAAAUUUCUUGUGCCACUAAACAAUGCCUUUUCAUACAAGAAAUCAACUAAUGAUCAAUUGCUGUGGAAAUAGUUUUCAAGUGUUUGUGAAAACAGUGUAAUGAUUACGUGUCAAUAUUUUGUUAUUUUUAUGAUAUUUUGUUCAAUCAUUAGAGCCUGUGUAUUGAACGUAUAAAAAGAGUACACUGUACUGUGUAAUUGUGCAUUAUUUUCCAUGAUCAGCCAUUGUAGCUAGACUAACACAAUUUUCAAAACAAAAUGAUAUUUCCACAUCAACUGAUGUGAUCGUAAUUGAGGUUAAUGUCUUCAUCUGUUAGGAUGUAGAUGUCUCCAGCCCUCAGUUGUAGUUCUGCCCUUUGACACCCUGAUGCUUUUGCAUCAGUCUCCCACUCUUUCACACUGCUAAGGUUCAUAGACCCAAAUACAGUGUACGUGUGACCAAUGGGUCUUGGAACUCUUAGAGUUGAGGAGGAAGAUGAACUCCAAAUAGCAACACAUCAACUGAACAAAAUAGAAUAGACCUAUAUGAAAAUCUAGACAAAACAAAAACGAUGGCCUUCAAAGGAAAGUAGAGUGAAGAUUGAAGGAAAAAUAAUAAGUUUCAACAUUUAAAUAUUUUGGCAGUGACUUGGGGCAAAAUUCUCAAGACCUGCAACACAAAAUUUUGAAACAUAAUAGAAUAAAUGGAAUGAUUAAAAGACAUUUUGGGAAGUACAUGACACAGGAAACCAAAUUAAAAAUAAACAAUAUGUCCCUGAGCAAAUGCUGUUAUAUGGGUCAGAAACCUGGAUUGUAGAACAGACAAGCAAAGCCUAGAAUCAAAUGAGAUUCCAAAGACAACUUGGCUGUAUAGUAGAUUGGUUCAACAGAGAAAUAAAGGCCUAAAGAAAUGAUUGAAGACAAGCAUAAAAGGAAAUUAAAAAGAAGCAUAAAAAUAUGCUGGAACAUAUUAAAAAAUAAAAGAAGAAAGUUUCACUAAGGCUUUUCUUAAAUAUAUAACACUUGGACAGGGAGACAAAGAUGUGGAUCAUGCAGGAGCACCUGGAAGACUGAAAUAUUUUAGGUUUACUGUUUAACCAGGAAUAUGCCCACUGACCUUUAAUCUUGCAGAUGAUGAUGAUGAUUAUUAUCAUUAAUAUUAUUAUUAUUUCUACUACUCUGGGACGUGUUUAGAUCCUCUAAAACUUUGUCAUACUUGCACUUGUAGAUUUUGCAUUCUGUGAUAAAUUUUGUAAAUUGUAUCUGCAUUACUACCAUUAAAUAAGUGAUGUCAGGGCUGAACCAAGAAAGUUAGAGAUUGUAUUUUGCUGCAAUAUACCCAUUGUGUAUAAAUACAUAGAUAUAUAGAUUAAUGUUACUUCUAUUGAAUACAGCGAAAAAAGGUAUACAAGGUAGCUCAGUUUCAUUUGUUUAGCAA